CCACGGUGAUGGGGUCUCGGGCCUCCACGUUACUGCGGGACGAAGAGCUCGAGGAGAUCAAGAAGGAGACUGGCUUUUCCCACAGUCAGAUCACGCGCCUGUACAGCCGGUUCACCAGCCUGGACAAAGGGGAGAAUGGGACUCUCAGCCGGGAAGAUUUCCAGAGGAUUCCAGAACUUGCCAUCAACCCCCUGGGGGACCGGAUCAUCAAUGCCUUCUUUUCAGAGGGAGAGGACCAGGUAAACUUCCGAGGAUUCAUGAGAACUUUGGCUCAUUUCCGACCCAUUGAGGAUAACGAAAAGAGCAAAGAUGUGAAUGGACCUGAACCACUCAACAGCCGAAGCAACAAACUGCACUUUGCUUUCAGACUCUAUGAUUUGGAUAAAGAUGACAAGAUCUCCCGCGAUGAGCUGUUACAGGUACUACGAAUGAUGGUUGGAGUGAAUAUCUCGGAUGAGCAGCUGGGCAGCAUCGCAGACAGGACCAUCCAGGAGGCCGAUCAGGACGGGGAUAGUGCCAUAUCCUUUACAGAAUUUGUUAAGGUUUUGGAGAAGGUGGAUGUAGAACAGAAAAUGAGCAUCCGGUUUCUUCACUAAAGGACAGGGACCAAAUUAUUCUUGCUUUCUAGUAUUUAAGAACUGGAACUUCCUUCUGUCCUCCAGCCCCACCCUGUCCCAUCAUCCCCCUUUCCCAGAAUACUACUGCUCUUGCAUGACAACCUGAAGUCUUUCUUGUCCACACAGACUUGCCUUUGGUGUAUAAACAGGGCGUUACAGAAUGGUACCCUCAGUCUUUUUCUGUUCAGUAUGCACCCACCAGGUCUCUAUUUGUAAGUGACAUCUUCCCCUGUUUUGCUGCUGAAUACCAUGCAUCCAUCCUGUCUGCGGAAAUGAGAUAGGGACUCGUGUCAAGAACCAGCCAGCAAAGCUCCCACUGGAUGGAGACUGCAUCCACGCUGCCUUCCCUUCAUCGAGCCUCUGUCAUGGUCCUGUGUCCUUGUGUCCUUUACUUCCUACCUCCCUGUCGCCCAGCCUUCUGUCCAUUUGGUCUUUAAGCCUCCCUCUUUUUCAUUGAGAUUCCCUGUGUCUCCUUGACUCCGGGCUCUGCUGUCAAGCCUGUCUCUGAUGUGACAGACUAGUGAGUGGUCUGGUGGUUUGUGUCUACCUUCUCCUGGCUGUGUCUCUGGGACAUUGCCUAUCCAGGAGCCUUUCAGCAACCAGUACAACUCUUGGAAGCACGUGACUCUCUUGGUCCCCUGCACUGCUCUCAGCACAGGGCUUAUGAACAAGUUGUUCUUGAAAGGUGGUCAUGGUGAGGCUUGUAGAGCCGUGUCUCCUAGGUGGUUUCCCCAGAUCUCUCUACCUCUGGCUUUUUAUUUUCAAUGUAUUUAUGUGGCUUCUUUUCUGAGUACAGUGUUGACAUUCAGAAAAUAGUCUUACGCUUGCCAGUUUGCUUCUCUUUGGGACAUUGUCACCAAUACAGUGGCUGUUUUGACAAUAUGGUAGGGGCCUUCUUGUAGUUUCUGAAGAGGCUAAAGAGCUGGAGAGCUGCCCACAUUCACCCUGCAGCAUGGGUUAUGUAUGCCUCAGUGUUCUGUACACUGGAAGAUUCUUUACAUUUCCAAACAGAAAGACUAGUGUUAUGGAAGUGCCUGACUUAUCUCAGUCCUAAAGAACUAGAUUGUCCUCAGUGUCUUAAAGCUUUGCACAAAAUCCCAAAUGAAUUUUAUACCUGGCAAAUUUUAAUGCUGGAAGCCAUGUAGUCAGUUCAUAAUCCUGGUCCAAGCAUUGCAUGUAUUGUCUCAUGAGCUCCCUAAUCACAUGACCUUCCUAGCUCCUUGUGUAGACCAUUGCGGAUCUCUUAGGAGCAUAGGGCCUGGCCCUAGUGACACCAACUGAAGUGAUAUUAGAGGUCUUUGAGUGACCCAGCUCAACUGGUAGGCUAAUGUCAGCUGGUUUAGAGCUCAUUGAAUCAGCUGCUUCUCCCCUGUGUCUGUGUGAAUCUGCUCUGGGCUGGCUUUCUCUGAUGUUGCUUGCUUGCUUGCUUCUUUGCUUUGGAAGGCUAUCCAAGAUGUGUAAACAGUUCUUUAGGAAAGAAAUUGCUAUUAAAAAAUCCAAACAAACUGGGGUUGGGGAUUUAGCUCAGUGGUAGAGCGCUUGCCUAGCAAGCACAAGGCCCUGGAUUCGGUCCUCAGCUCCGAGGAUAAAAAAAAUCCAAACAAACAAAAACACUGCAAAGGAAGAGUGAGGAGCAGGGUAGUGGCCAGGAUGGAUGGCUGGAGUCUACAUGAAUUGGGGAGUUCUGUAUGGAAUAUCUGUCUGACUUUGUGAUCAAAUGAUGUAAUAUACAAAUUGUAUAAAAGGGAAGAAUUGUCUGAUAUUGAUCUGUUUGAGAAGUACUUCAGAGGCUUCUUGAUUUACAUAUUUAAAGUUUCUAAGAUU